UGUCCCUCUCGUGUUUCCGUUGCCGCUGUCUGACAGUUCCAUCAUGGCGGCCUCCUCCUCAGCUUCACGUGAGUUGUUCACGGCUGGAGUACGGGCUGUUUUACACAACUGGCCCGUUUUACAGAUCGCUGUAGAUAAUGGUUUUGGAGGAGUUUACGGUCAGCAGAAAGCAGACUGGAUGGUGGAUGUGCUGCAGCAGUAUUUUCAUGACAAUGCUGACCUGCAGCAGUUUGAGGUGGAGGACUACAUCUCCACUCUGAUGGAUCAGGAGUUUGACACAGUCGUGGAUGAUGGAAGUUUACCUCAGAUAUCCAAGGACCUGCUUCAGAUGUUUGGUCAGUGGAAGCAGGGGGCGCUACAGCAGCUGCAGGCCUCCAUAGCCAAACACAGUCAGAACAAACAAAGGGCAAAGGCCACUGCAGCUGCUCCAGAGUCCGACUCAGGCCAAGAGAGCGACUGUGACGAUGAGUCUAUGGAGUGCGACGCUGCCUCUCCAGUCGUUAAUGGGACACAUCCUGCAACAAACUCUGUGCCUUCAUCUUCAUCAGCGGUGAAUGAGGAGGAAGAUGAUGGCUGGACGGUCGUACGGAGGAAGAAAUAACAUCUCAAAUGAACUGAUAAUCUUAACCCAAAGGAGCUGAGCGGCAGAUGGACAACUUUUACUAAUUAAACUACAAGAAAUCAUGCUUCAAUACCAACUUCUGGUUUGACAUCUUGGGACUUGUUACACGUGACAAAAUGCAGGACACUUUUAUCUCCAAGCAUUGAAUGACACAGAAAACACAGACUAUUUUAAAGAACUGGUAAAAGUCAGAUGUGGUGUAUGCAUUUGGAAAAAGUAAGGUAAACUUCUUGGUGUGUUUUUAAAUAAAGCUGGUGUCACGGCUGUA